AUGGCUGGCUUUGGGAAGCUUCGACACGAACUGGCCAGCGUUCGAGGCACCGCUGCGCCUGUCACGAUACUCACGCUCGGAGCACUCCGCAAGUUCCUCGCCUAUGGCUUCAUUGGCCCGACCUCCCCGCGAUUCGCCCUGGCGAUGCAGUCACUAUCCGCAGCAGUGACGCGUUGCCAAUUUGAUGGCAGUGACUCUGGCCAGGUUGAAGUUGUUUUGCUCAUGAUUCUCCAUCUGAUGGAAGACAUGAUGUCAGGGCCUGGGGGUGACAUUCUCAGCGACGAAAGCGUAUGCGAUAUGAUGGGCAGAGGAUUGGCCAUCUGUUCACAACCCCGUUUCUCACCCGUGCUACGCCGCACGGCUGAGGCGUCAAUGGUUCGCAUGUGCCAAAUCAUCUUCGAGGACGUGAAGCACUUGGAAGUCGAAGCCGGAGACGAGUCUGAUGCUCUCGAUAAACAGACGAGUGCGGACAUGGACAGCGUAAAGAUGGACCCUGCUGCAAAUUCUGCUGCUGGUUUGCAAGCCCCAGGACCAGAGAAUGAAGCUCGCUUGUCGACAUCGAGUUCAACGCCAGUAGACCUGAACCAACCAUCUCAAGAAAGCUACGAUUCUGGAGAAUCCAAGCCCAAUAUCAACACUGGCGCCGAAGCUGGAGGUGAUGGCGAAGCAGGAGGUGAUGGCGAAGAAAGUUCCGAAUCCCUCGACCUGCGACCCUACUCGCUGCCAUCAGUUCGGGAGCUCUUCAGAGUCCUAGUCAACUUUCUAGAUCCUAACGACCGCCAGCACACAGAUACGAUGAGGUCUCCCAAACUGGUCAAACCUCCACCGUCGCAGACCAGCAGCGGACGUUCCACGCCAGUACCAGUGAAGGAUAGGCAGAAACUGGGCCUUGAAGGCGGCGCAAGGAAGCCCGACGCGCGACAGGCAAUGGUUGAAAGCAUUGGUGUCUUGGCACGGAUGCCGACGUUCAUGGCCGAAUUGUUUGUCAACUACGACUGCGACGCCGAUCGAGCAGAUCUUUGCGAAGACAUGAUCGGACUACUGGCGAGAAAUGCCCUCCCUGACAGCGCUACUUGGUCUACCACAAGCGUUCCGCCGCUAUGUUUAGACGCACUUCUCCGAUACAUACAGUUCCUCGCUGAGCGACUGGAUGAGCCGCCAGUAGUGGAAGAGUACCUAGAUCCGGCCGAAUUACGAGAGCGACGGCGGAAGAAGAAGAUUAUUAUCAAAGGAACGAGCAAAUUCAACGAGAAUCCGAAGGGAGGUCUGGCUUAUCUCGAGGCACAGAGCAUCAUCCAGAACGUCAAAGAUCCUGUCUCGGUUGCCCAGUUCCUCAAAGGCACCUCUCGAGUGUCAAAGAAGGUUCUUGGGGAGUAUCUGUCGAAGAAGGGCUGUGAAACCGUCCUCGAGGCAUACAUGAAUCUUUUCGACUUUUCUGAAAAACGAGUUGACGAGGCGCUCAGAGGCCUCCUGGAGACAUUCCGACUUCCUGGAGAAUCCGCAUUGAUUGAGAGGAUCGUCACUUGUUUCGCCGCCAAAUACUGCUCCAUGGCAACACCGACUGAAGUUGCCAACGCAGAUGCAGUCUUCGUCUUGACGUAUGCCAUCAUCAUGCUGAAUACGGACCAGCAUAACCCCAACCUCAAGGGUCAGAAGCGCAUGACAGUAGAUGACUUUGCACGGAAUUUGAGGGGCGUCAAUGACGGGCAAGACUUUGCCCCUAGUUACCUCCAAAGUAUAUAUGACAACAUCAGAACGAAUGAGAUCAUUCUCCCUGACGAACACGACAAUAAGCACGCUUUCGACUACGCCUGGCGGGAGCUUAUUGUGAAGUCUGAGUCGGUGCGGCCAUUGGUCCUAUGCGAUACGAACAUCUACGACGCGGACAUGUUCGCGGCGACGUGGCGGCCAAUCGUCUCAACACUGUCAUACGUCUUCAUGUCUGCCACGGACGAUGCGGUCUUUGCCAGAAUUGUUACCGGCUUCGAUGAGUGCGCGCGAGUAGCUGCCAAAUACAAGAAUGCUGAUGCUCUCAAUCAGAUUGUAUACUCACUCAGCCACAUGACAACGCUGGCCACCGAGAUUCCUUUCAAUACAAGCUUGAACACCGAGGUUCAAGCUGGUGAGAGCAGUGUCAUGGUCAGUGAGCUGGCGGUCAAGCUGGGUAGAGACUUCCGCGCGCAGCUGGCCACGCUGGUACUUUUCCGCGUUGUGACCGGCAAUGAGCACUUGAUUCGCAGCGGCUGGAAAUCUAUUACUCGUAUCUGGCUCAACCUCUUCGUCAACUCUCUCGUCCCGUCCUUCUUUUUGGAGGGUUCUCUUGACAUCAACCCUAUUCCGCUGCAGACGCCCUCUCAAGUCAUCGAUAGAGGUUCAAAAGCCGUGGAGACUGGUUUCUUCUCUGCGUUUACUAGCUACAUCUCCAGCUACGCAGCUGACGACCCCCCCGAGCCUUCGGAGGAAGAGCUCGAAAGCACACUAUGCACUGUCGACUGCGUCAACCAAUGCCGUAUGGGCGAAGUCUUUGCCAACAUCUCAAACCUGCCACCUGAUGAAUUGGAGCCUCUCGUCAAUGCGCUGUUAGAUGCUUUGCCAGAGGAUCACAGUUCUACGGUGAUAGUCGUCAAAUCUGAUGUGCCGUCCUCGCCUAUGAAUGGACAGAAGACCGCACAAUCUGGGAUCGUCUAUGACCCAGCAAUGGCCUACAUCCUGGAAUUCAGCACCGUGCUUGCUCUUCGUGACCAAGACACCAUCCAACUUGUUGGCAAGCGGGUUAUCGACGCAUUGCAAGCAGUACUGCGGGAUGCUGGACGCUACCACUACAUUCUCGUCUCAAGGGCUGCCUUCUACCUUUUGAAGCUAUUGCACGUUAGCUACACUCAUGACUAUAUUAACGUGCCCGUCCUACUUCACACCAUAUCGAGUUUUGCGAAGGACGUGCUGGCAAAGACCUCGGUUCUGCUCCUUCAGGGAUUGAGAAUUUGCAUCGACGAGCCAAGCCCACUUCGCAACGAGAUCAUGACCUCUCCAGACUUCUGGGCCAUUAUGCGAGCACUGGCUCUGCGACAUGACUCGGCGCCACUUGUUUUCGAUAUACUGGAAAUGGGUUGCGGUGGAGCCCCGUCAGCCAUCAUUGCGGAUAACUAUGAGUCUGCUAUCUUGCUACUCGGAGAGUUCGCCUCGGUGGCCGGCCGUGCUGCUGUAGCUGAUGCAAAGCAGCGCAAGACUCGUGAGGGUACACGCGAAAACCCUAGUCUUGUCGAAGUUGUGUCACGUGGCUCCAAAGCAAUCAGCACGAUUUACAGUAUGACGGCACGCAUUCCCUUCUUGAUGAAGCAGUCCCAUCUUGAAAACAAUGAAGAUCUCACCUGCAACGACCACAAGGAGUGGAUAGCGAUAUUUGGAGAGGUUCUGUUCCCGUUGAUCCACAAGCUCUUGAAGCCAGAGGUCUUCUCUUCCGACCCUGUAGGUAUGAGUGAGAUGCGAGUUCAGGCCGCUUCUUUGCUGUGCAAAGUCUUUCUCCAAUACCUUGUGCUUCUUUCCGAAUGGGACGAGAUGUUGGAUUUGUGGAUUAAGAUCAUCGAUAUCAUGGAUCGUUUGAUGAACAGUGGGCAGGGUGACAGUCUAGAGGAGGCAGUCCGCGAGAAUCUCAAGAAUACCUAA